UAGUUCCCUGUUUCCCAUUCAACUACCGUUUCUCGGAUCUUGUGUCACCUUUCACCCUUCUAUCGAUCGAUUGAGCAAAAGCGAUAUCGCACUCUCCAUCAACGCAAUGCAGACCACAAAGAUCCUGUCUCGUGCUUCGGCACUGUCUCUCCAGCCCACUGCAAUGCCAAUUUCUCGCAGUUUCGCUUCUUCCUCAGGCGUCAUGCAACGUGUCUCUGAGCUCAUCAAGCACGACCAUGCCGAACUGAGAAUUUACAAGAACAACAUCCUCAAAGGCAAGGAUGCCGACGAAAAAGUCCGUUGGCAGAACCAAUUCAUCUGGGAGCUGGCUCGUCACAGUGUCGCCGAAGAGCUGGUCGUCUAUCCGGCCAUGGAGAAGAACAUUCCAGGCGGCAAGGAUCUAGCCGAUAGAGACCGAACCGAGCACCAAAGAGUGAAAGACCUCCUCUACAAAUUCCAAAAACUUCGCCCCGCCGAUAACGAAUUCGAACCCACCCUCCACACCCUCUGGAACGACCUCGAAUACCACAUCAAAGAAGAAGAAAACAAAGAUUUGCCUCUGUUGGAAAAACAUACCCCUGAAAUCGAGUCUGCGAAUUUGUCGACCGAUUUUGGGAGAACCAAGGGGUUUGUUCCGAGUAGGAGUCAUCCUAAUUCGCCUAAUACUGGUGGGCCUUUUGAGACGGCGUUUGGACUUAUGACGGCGCCUGUUGAUAGGUUGGGUGAUUUGUUCAGGAGAUUCCCCAAAGCUUCGGCGAGAUAGGGGUGAGUUGAAGCUGGGUUAUGCUGCUUGUUUUUAACCGAGGCGGACUGGUGGGAUUACAAAGAUACUGUCGCUACUACAAGCUAGUCCAAGCAUGAUAUAGCUACCUAUAUAUACCUCUCCUUUUUCCUAUUCGUUUGAGUAAAAUUAC